UUAUUAUUAUUAUUAUUAUUGGACUUGUACCGCGGUAUAUAAUAUAAGUUGGACAUCACGCCGCAGCAGUAUACUCUGCACCACCAGACGAGUCUGACCGCCGAGCUCCGUAUAAUUCACACAGUUUUUUUAUAACGAUAUUAUAUACAUUGUACGAACGAGAGAAACGCCGACGACGAAAAUGUCCGCUAACUCUGCUACGAUCAAGUGCAUCGCGGUGGCCGUCGUCCUGCUUCAAAUAUCCGUCGUUUUCGCGGAUGCGGGUCACCACAGACGGGGCAAAGAGCUGUUGGACACCGAAGACAGCGACUUCUUCCGGUGCAAACAAGCCAGCAGAAAGUCAUGUUGUGGCCCGGAAAACGCAAUGAAGCGAUUCGGCGAUAAAGACAAAGUAGCAGCUGACGAGUGUUACGCACAAGUAGCAGAGAAGUUUGCAACGGUUGCAGCUACUACUCCCAAACAAGACUUGUUUUCCGCCGAUGCGGUAAAGAUUACCAAGAAGAAGCAAUUUUGCCUUCACGAGUGUAUUGGCAAGAAAAAUAGAUUGCUCACUGAAGACGGUUCACUGAACAAAACGUUCAUAGCUGAUUACGCAAUGAAGAGCGUCUUCAAAGAACAGUGGCAGAAACAAGUGGGGCAAAAGGCCUUGGACAAAUGCCUCGAGGAGACCUACAUACCGUGGCCAGCAGAAGAUAAAGAAAACGUGUGUAAUCCAGUAUACGUACAAUUCCAACACUGCCUGUGGUUGCAAUACGAAUCGAACUGUCCAGACAACAAGAUUAAGAUCACCAAAAAAUGCGAGAAGACACGAAACCGAUACAGGAUGCAAAAAUCGACAUCAAACUAAUGAUCUGCAACUUAAUGAUAUAACUACUCUGAUUGACUUCAAAAUACAUCCAAUAUGUUACACACGUUUUCAGUCAGUUUCAAAUCUAUCGUUCAUCUUUAUUAUUAUUAUUAUUAUUAUUUUGUUGCAAGUACUUUUAGAAAGUUU